UUUGUAGGCUGAAGUGCAAAAAAUGAGAGUCGAAAUGUCUGCCAUGAAGAGUGAUGCAGAAUGUUAUUCACGUCAAGCAUACAGGAAAGAUUCCCAUUCAUGGUGAUGCUUAUGCCAAAGCCACUUUAUAUAGGGAUAGAUUUCUCUUGUUGCUCCACAGGCUUUCUCGUGAUCAGCAUUUUUCUAAGGCUGCAUUUGACACUGAAAGGUCUCAGUUCGGCAGCUGUGAGAUAUCUCCAAUUCAGAGUCUCAUUGGGCUAACAGGGGGAAGAUGGGUCAUGGGCGUUAUAUCUCAGUUAGAGGAUGGCCAUUUCUACUUGGAAGACCUCACUGGAACAGUUGAAAUCAAUGUCUAAUGCAAUAUUCUCU